AUGGUUCGCGUUCUCAAGCCUUUCAGCGCCGUCAUCGCGACUAUGCUUUGUCUCGGUCUUGCUACCGCCGACACCGCCACCGUGUCGGUUGUUGGUGAUGCCACCUACACGAUCCCGUCGUCUCGCGGAGAAAUCUGCAAGGGUACCGGUGCGUACCCGAGCGGAACGGCUUGUCCUCUGAAGGGUGACGAAGCCAGCGACGGCUGCAGGGAAGGACUGCCAUCCUACGCGCAUGGCAAGUGCAUUGCCCCCAAGGUUGCUCAGUGUGUCCUGGUCUCGGACGAUACAUGGGGUUGUGCCUACCCGGGAGACGAAGACGAGGCUCCAUCCUAUGUGGAACAGUGUCACUGCAUGACCUUCCUCACGAAUGGCUGA